AUGUUUUCAGGAUGCACAUUAUUAGAAACAAUUGAUUUAGGUGGUGUUAAAACAAUUGCUAACUUCUCUUUCCAAAAUACAAAACUAACUAAUUUAGAUCUUAAAUCUGUUACAACUAUUCAAUACAAAUCAUUCUUCAACAGUAAAAUUCAACAUUUAACAAUUAGUACCAAUCUGUCUUCAAUUGAUCUAACAUCAUUUAAAGGCUGUUCACAACUUAAUCAAAUCACACUUGGAAGCAGCAUCACUAAAUUUGAAUUACUUGGUUUUGAAGAUUGUCCACCAAUCACAUUUGAUUUACAAACUACAGCAUUUAAGAACGAAAACAACAUUAUAACGAAAGAUACAACAUUAGUUUACAUUGGUUCAGGAGUGAAUUCUAUUCCUUCUACUAUCACAGAAAUCGGGAAAAAUGCAUUCAUUCAUAGCACAAUUACAAAAAUUACUAUUGAUCGCGAAAUUUCGUUUUCAUCAGGUUUCAGCAACUUUAAAUCACUUAAAGAAGUAACAAUCAGUGGAAUUAAUAGUAUUCCAUCAUAUGCAUUCUAUAAUUGCGUUAAUUUAGAAACAGUUUCACUACCUUCAACAGUUACAAGUAUUGGUGAUUAUGCAUUUUAUAACUGCAAACUCUUAUCAACUAUCAACUUAGAAUCAGUCAAAAAUUUUGGAAAACAUUCAUUUGAAAAUUGCAUCAAAUUAACAACAAUUAAAUUGAACAGUGGCGUUUUUGAUGAAUAUUCAUUCUAUAACUGUGUGUCACUUAAAAAUGUUGAAUUUAUUUCUCAUUCUGAAUCUCAUUCAUUUAAAAAAUACUGUUUCUCAAGAACAGGUUUAGAAAAAUUUGAACUUUAUAAUCCUGAUUUUGAAGAAGGAGUUUUUUCUUAUGCCGAGAAACUACAAGAAAUUAAAUUGGAAACAUCGACAACGCCAUAUCCUGGAAUUCCAGAAUAUAUGUUUGAACACACUUCAUUGACUUCUGUAGAUAUUCAAUUCUCAUAUAUAAAUGAUUUCUCCUUUUCUUUUAUUCCUAGUUUAACUUCAUUUGUUAUUCCUGAUGAAUGCGAUAGUAUUAGCACAACUUCAUUUCUUGGUUCGGAAAAUGUUCAAUUUAGAUUCAGAUCUAGCACACAUCCCGUAUUUCUUUUAGGAAAUCACGAAUUGAUAAGGAAAUUUAACAAUGAACUCAUUCUAACUUAUGGAAAACUUCCUUCAACUUAUGUUGUUCCUGAUUAUGUUUCACAUAUUGCAGCAAAUUCUAUUCAGUCUCUUCCUAAAUAUUCCGCAGAUGGAAAAGUUGAAGAUUACGGUGUAACUACUUUAGUUAUUCCUAACACUGUUAAUACAAACGGUGAUAUGGAAAAUAGAGGAGCAUAUACUCCAUAUCUUCACAAUCUUUGUUAUGGUCCAAAAUUCCAAGUGGGUACAUUUGUUUUUGAGACUGUUCAAAACAUUUAUGUUUCAUCUGCUUAUGAUACAUACAUUUGGAAACAUUAUGGUGCUUAUUAUGAAAAUAGUAUCACAAGAGUAAUUAAAGAUAAAUGCGAUUCAUCAGUUCCUUUCGAAAAUUAUGCAAAAGAUGAUUAUUUCACACCUAUAAAAACAGAUUCCCUUGAUUUUGUCAAAGAUCAACAUCUCAUUCAGUUUGAAAAUUGUGAGGAUACCGAUGUUCCUGUUCCACAGCCAGGAGGUUCAACAACAACAACGACAACAACAAAAGCAGUUGAUCCUCAAGAUUCAUCAAACUCAACAUCAUCUACUCAAGAAACAAAAACAGAAGAAUUUAUUAUUGAAGAGGAUCCAACUAAAAAAUCAAUGUCACCUUUAUUGAUUGCAUUGAUUGUAAUUUGUGUUUUUGAAGUUAUUACAAUUUGCACAAUGGUUAUCAUCUUCAUUGUCAAAUCAAAUGAAGAAGAAAGUUCUACAACAAAUGUAGAAUUUAAUGCUGAAAAGAUUGAAACAGGAAAUAUUGAUGCAACUAUGGCUUUCACAGCCGAUAAUCCGAUUUUUGGUGCCAAUCUGUCAGAUGACCCAUUUGCUCAAGACUUUAAUGAUGAUAAGUCCGAUCAAGGUUUCUUCGAUGGAGGUCUUGUUGAUCCUGAAGAAGCUAAUUAG